CGCGUUGAUUGGCCAGAUAUUCUGCUGCGAGGUGUUAGGGUUACCGCGGUGUUUUGCGCAUUCCACGGGCAUCCGUAAUCUAUUUCGCAGCCUCGCAACCAGGCAUCACCGCAACUUGCACACACAAACACAGCAUAGAUCAUCGCUCUAUCCACCCCCUCGCAGACACAACAAACACCCCACUCUCUUUCAACUCACCCCCAAACCUUUUCACCACAAAAAUGAGCUCCUGGGACGACGUCACCGUGAUCCGCAAGCGGCCAGAAACCUCCAAGGCCCUCAAAUCCACCUCCGCCGUCAACUCCGCCCUGCGAACAGGCGGGACCGUUACUUCGGAAAAGAAGGGCACACCGGUCAACUUGAAUAAGGCGGGCAUUGAUGCUGGAAAGGCUGCGAAGAUUGAUAACGAGACUGAGGACUUCACAGUAGAACGCGUGGGCCUCGGCCUCGCCAAAGCGAUCCAACAAGCACGCCAAGCCAAGAACCUCACGCAAAAGGACCUGGCCACAAAGAUCAACGAGAAAGCCACCAUCAUCAACGAGUACGAGACCGGCCGCGCGGCCAACCCCAACCAGCAGAUCCUCGGCAAGAUGGAGCGCGUGCUGGGUGUUAAGCUGAGGGGGAAGGAUAUUGGGCAGCCGGUGGGUGGGCCGAAGCCGAAGAAGUAGAUGAAUGGUCGUAAUGUGAUGAGGGGGGACUGGGGUAGGGGUAGGGAAUGGGAGCGGGGGGCAAGAGAAGGACCCCAGGGAAUACUGAGAAAUGAGCGAAAUUGAGCUGCGCUCUGCAGUGCUCGGCAUGCCCAAGCACCGGACCGGAUGCGGAUAAUCUGGCACAAAUAUCAGGAUGAAAGGCAACCAAAAAGACGAUCCCCUCAUCGCUCACCCACCCGCGCAUCCUCCCUCUUUCCGCCCACCGACGAACCAUUCAAAAUCCGCAUGUAUAGACACACCUCCCUACCAUGUUCAUAAUUAUGUCCUUCUGACCUGCGUCUCAUAUUGUCCCAGUGUUGGUAUUUCCAGUGGACCUGAUUCCGUUUCGUUUUUGGAUGUUGGCCGUUACAACAGAACAUGCGGGGGCGGGAUGGUUCG